AUGACAUGCACUCAAUGUACAUGUGCUGCUCUAAUGGAUAAUGCCGUUGGAUGGAACUGUAUGACGAACAAUGGUACAUGCCAGUUAAUUAGCAACUAUUCAUCGAACACUGGCUAUUUUAUAGCAACAAUCAAUGGAUCGUUUUCCUGUCAGCAGCUCCCACCCGAACCAUUCCUAAAAAUAUCUGAUACAGCAUUAACAAUUUCAACAGAAAAACUACCACAUCGGCCACAACUACGAGCAGCACCACAUCCCGUACAACUACGAGUAGCACCACAUCGGUCACAACUACGAGCAGCACCACAUCACGCACAACUACAAGCAGCACCACAUCGGCCACAACUACUAGCAGCACCACAUCACGUACAACCACGAGUAGUACUACAUCACGGACAACCACGAGCAGUACUACAUCACUUAGUACAACUGCAAAUCCAUGUAAGUAUAUCUGGUAAUUUGCUUUGGAAUACAACAGGAAUUACUAUACUCGAUUCAUCACAAAUAACAUCUGCUCGUGGUCUAUACAUUGACUCAAAUAAUACUUUAUAUGUAACGGAUGCUGGCGUCGUAUGGAAAUUAUUGACUAAUGCUACAAAUGCAACAAUUGCAGUUGGGAUUAGUCAAUUACCCGGAUCGAACAGUACUCAGUUGAAUUCUCCUCAAGAUGUUUAUGUUGAUAGAUAUGGUAACAUGUAUGUAUCCGAUUUUUUAAAUCAUCGCAUACAAAAAUAUAUCAACGGAUCAGCAGAUGGAAUUACGAUUGCUGGUUUAAGUGGUACACCAGGAUUCGAAUUAAAUCUGUUGAAUAGUCCAGCACGUUUUACUUUUGAUUCAACAGACACAUAUUUCUAUGUCAAUGAUUAUGGCAAUAAUCGUACUAUGAAAUAUUUGACGAAUUCAACCACAGGCAAUAAUGGAUCUCUCGUAGCUGGCGGAGACGUAGGUAAUAAUUCGAACACAUCAUUGAACGGGCCAGGUGGUAUCGAUUAUUUGCCAUCUAUAAGUGAUACGUUAUUUAUAUCAAACUUGCUUGGCCACUCAGUAAUACGGUGGAUACCUGGUGCUUCUUCAGGUUUCUUCGUCGCCGGUGUACCAGGUGUCGCAGGUUCCAAUUCGACUCUCUUAAAUCAGCCGAGAGGUAUUAAACUUGACAAAUAUUUAAAUAUGUACGUUGUUGAUAGUGGUAAUCAUAGAGUACAACUUUUUUGUGCUAACAAUCAAACUGCUAUCACGGUUGCUGGUACUGGCAUUGCGGGUAAUAGUACUACAGAAUUCAAUGGACCAAGAGGUGUUGAGUUCGAUGCAGAAAUGAAUAUGUAUGUUACCGAUUCAGGUAAUAUACGUGUUCAAAAAUUUCUCAAACUAUAA